AUGGAGCAAAGAAAGCCAAGUGACAGCACUACAAUUGGGAAAGUAGCAGCUCAUGUCCCCGAUCUCAUCGUAUAUGGUGAUUUCUCCCAGGAGGUGCCUUUCAUUGAGAAUUUUGAUGGAGUAUUGCUUUUUGCAGACAUUUCAGGUUUUACUGCACUGUCGGAGAAGUUUAGCAUGGACACCAGUCUGGACCGUGGCGUUGAACAGCUAACGCAGACCCUCAAUCAUUACGUAGGGGAUAUUGUGGAAGAGGUGCUGAUUUAUGGAGGCGAUAUCUUGAACUUUGCAGGGGAUGCACUGCUAGCACUGUGGAAAGUGCAACGAAGCCAGCUGAGCGAUAUCAUUACACUGGCGCUGAAAUGUAGCCUGAGGAUCCAGGAAGAGUAUGGGGUUCGUGAAACUGAAGUGGGUCUGACGCUCCGAGUGAAGAUAGGGCUAUCUGCAGGUCACAUCUCCAAAGUUGUUGUUGGAGACAAUAAGCACCAAUAUUUUCUGGUAAUUGGCCGAGCAGUGGAUGAAGUUCGGUUGGCCCAAAACCUAGCAAAAGCAAGCGAGGUUAUUCUAUCGCCGAACUGCUGGGAACUCUGUAACAGGAACAUGAUAGAAAUAGAAAGAAUUAAAGAUCAAAGAGCUAUGAAGGCUAAAUACAUAAAGACCAUUUCUGAGACUGAGUUCGACGAGUUCUUCUGGAAAUGUACUGAAUACCUACAGCACUACCCCACGGGUGAAAGUGACAGUAUCCUCAGAGCAACCUCCACAUUGUCUCCUAAUGAUGAGCUGGAGAAGUCCCUCCGGAAGUAUGUGAUGAGAAACAUUCUGAAGAAGAUUGACGACAACCAACCUCUAGAAUAUUUAUCUGAGCUUCGGCCGGUCACAAUUGUCUUUGUGAACCUGCAGUUUGACGAAAGCGCCAAUACCUUGCAUCUGUGCAAGGCCAUCCACGAUGCCAAUGUGAAGAUCUCAAACAUCAUCCACGUCUUCAGUGGCAAAAUCAACAAAGUCUUUAUGUUUGACAAAGGCUGCACAUUCCUGUGUGUGUUCGGGCUCCCUGGGGAUAAGCAGGCUGACGAGAGCACCCACGCCUUGGACAGCGCAUUUAAAAUCUUCAACUUCUGUUCUGAGACGCUCAUGAAAAUAAAGCUAGUUUCCAUCGGGGUUACCAGCGGGCCAGUGUUCUGUGGAGUAGUUGGCCAUCGUGUAAGGCACGAAUACACAGUCAUUGGCCAGAAGGUGAAUCUCGCUGCCCGGAUGAUGAUGUAUUAUCCGGGGUUAGUGUCCUGUGAUGCAGUGACCUACGCCAACUCCAGGCUGCCUCAUUACUUCUUUGAAGAGCUCCCCCAGACUGAGAUGAAAGGAGUUGUGAAUCCCGGCGUGGUCUAUCAUUAUCUUGGUAUCAUUGAGAUAACAAGGAUUGGCACAGCGUAUCUCACCAAGGAGAGGUCUGAGUAUUACCCCUUACUGGGUCGGGAAAAAGAGCUUGAAAUCUAUGACACUUUAUUGAAAGGAUUUGUGGGGUCUACAGAAGGCCGCGUCAUAAUGUAUGAAGGCCUUAUGGGAUUUGGAAAGAGCCAGUUACUUGCUGAAAUUGCCUACUUAGGCCAGGAGGCUGGCCACAAGGUUGUUGCUAUGGAGCUGACGAAGGUAAAUGUGCAGCAGAAUUUUUUUGCCAUCCGGACACUCAUGGCCAUGUUUCUGGGGAUUGAUGCCUGUAAAUCUUACGUUGCAAGAGAGCGCAUCCUCCAAGGCAAACUCCGAGGUGUGAUAGAAGAGUCCUACUAUUGCCUCCUGAAUAACAUCUUUCGUGUUCAGUUUCGCACCUCUGCCGAGGUUCUCAAAAUGGAUAAUGAAACAAGGACAGAGGAGAUGGAACUAUUUCUUGUGACAAUACUACAGAAGGUAGUGGACAAAGACAUUCUCAUUUUUGUCAUUGACGAAGCCCACUUCAUUGAUCCUGCAUCAUGGGAAUUUCUGGACAACUUGCUCUCCAACAUCCCAGUGUUUAUGGUCAUGUCUCUAUCUCCUCCCAGCCGCCAAGCAUGGCUGCCUUGUGUCUCUGCUGCAAACAUCAUUAAGAGCACAAAGACCACCUAUGUUCAGCUGCGGGAGCUAAAGCCCUCUGUGAUCCUGCAAAAAGCCUGCCAGGACCUUGGGGUGGUCAGCAUCCCCCGGGAGCUAGAAACGUUCUUGAUACAGAGAAGCCAUGGAAUUCCAUUUUACUGUGAGGAGUUGCUGCGGAACCUCCAUUUAAAGAACAUGCUCAUCUUCCAUCUGUGGGAGGAGGAGGAAGAAGUAGAUGAUGAGUGGGAGGGCCUUUUCACCAAUGCCAUCAAGGUCAUCCCCUCCAAAACGGAAUCGCUUUCCAGCUCAGACAAUGAAUUGUACAUUUGCACCAUUCGCCAGAAUGUUAAGUUGCAAAAUAUUAUGCUGCCCCCUACCUUAAAAGGCAUUGCACUGGCUGAGUUAGACAACAUGAGCCCUUCGGAGCAGAUGGUAGUGAAGUGUGCGGCUAUCAUCGGGCUGACUUUCACGACUGAUCUGCUGCUCCACAUCCUUCCCGAAUGGACCAAGAGAAAGAUGAAUCAGACGCUUGCAGCCCUGGUGGAUUCCCACAUCUUCAAGUGUUUUAAUAAAAGAAAGGACUCCCAGAGUGCACAAUCACAGGAUAUGCCCUCCACAGAGUUACUUGUUUGCCCCAGGACGGUGAGACCAAUUGGACAAGAGUCAGGUAUCCGCUCUUCUGUUUAUAACCUAAUCAAGCAAGAGCAGCUGGUGAUACAAUGCGGCGUCAUGGCGUUUUGCAUGCCACUGCUGCAGGAAGCGGCCUACGAGAUCUGGCUGAAGAGCCAGAAGAAAGCCUUACAUCUCAAGUGUGUGAGCUAUCUAGAAGGGCAGGCUCACAAAUGCAGACGCUGCGGAGAAGGGGACUUCAUUUCAUUUCACCGCCACACCGUGGAAAUGAUGCUGGAGAGCCUCGAGUCUCAGGAAAACAUUUCUGAGCAGCACAAGGAAUACCCAUUCAGCGAAGCAGCCUCACUGAUCAUUUACACAACCCUGCAAAGGCUUCAGGGUCCCUCGUUUGAAGGAAUGGAGAGAAAAGCUGUGACAGCCGAGGCUUCCCUAACCAGCACAUGCUCCCCUGAAAGUGUCCAGAGGACAAGUGAAGACAUCACUACUUCUACUUUCUCCAAGAAGUUGGAGUUAUUACUUCCACAAGACAUUGAGAAAGAGACUGUAAAGGCACUAAAGAAAGACAAGAUGUUGCCAGAGGAAAAUCUUAAAGCUGAAGAGACAGAGAAGGAGUUUCUGGAAAGGCUGGACGAGAUCAUUCAGCAGUCUGACAGGGGUCAGGAGAAGAUCAGGCGCUUGGGAUCCUGCGAAUGUGAAGAGAUCGUGGAGUCUGUCUUUGUGCCCCUGGCCUGGCACUGCAUGGCGAUGGGAGAAUACGCCAGAGCCUUGUAUUACUUGUUGGAGUGUGCAGCGGCUUACUUACAUCUGUCAAACAACUACAUGGCCUUUUGCAAUUUGAAUACAGCAGAGAAUCUGAUCAAAUCGGUGGACUUCAGAGCAACUGUAAUUAACCGGUUUGAGGAAGCUACCUUCUACAGCCUGAAGGGUGAGCCAGCCAAAGUGGGGGAGCAGAUGUCUCCCUUCCUUCCCAAUGCCCACAGGGAGAAGAAAUUAGCUUUCCUGUACCAGCAGGGCCACUGCCUUUCCUUAUUGUGGCAACUUUUCAGCCUGGACACUGCUACAAACAGCAAGAAGUUCUGUCGCCUGGCAGCACUCAUGAAGAUGAACUCAGCAGAGGAAUCGGGUGAUGAGAGCCAGAUCAUUUCAUCCUAUAUGGAAUUCUCACUCUGCUGCCAGAUGAUGGGUUACCAAGAUGAAUGGAUGAAAUAUGAGCUGAUGGCCAUCCAGCGUAGCUCUCACCUCCAGGUUAUCGGAGGAGGGCUAUUAACAACAGUUAAAUUAGCACAGUCAUUGGCCUAUAUGAAGCUCUGCUUGGGUAACCUGCCCCUAUCUAUUCAGUUAGGCUAUCGAGCCCAUGAAAUGUGUGUGCGUCUGAAGAAACCGAAGCUGGACUAUCUGGUUCUCUGCAUGCUCUUCAAAGCUCUCUUUCUGAGCAUCAGGUACCAAGAUUGUGUGCGAGUACUGAGCUGGCUGGAGGAGUUGGUUGUUGAGGAGGAGAGAAUCAUUGGGAUGGCUUGUUUCUUUUCUUACUGUUUAGAACUCUUGCUUUAUGCUGGAUUUUCAUUUAAGUCAUUUAAAGAGUGCCUGGAAUUCAUACAACGCAAUGAAACAAACUGCAUCCUUAUGUCUCAGAACAGCAUCAUGUUGGGGCUGUAUUCAUCCCUGGCCAUUUGGUUUGCCAGACUUCAGCAGUGGGGCAACUUCAAGGAGCCUUUUGAAAAGGCCAGAAGGUUGCUGAGGAGAACUAGCGCCUCAUUCUUUGCUACCAGUGGAUUCUGUAGAUUCUUGGAGUGUGAGAUCCUUAUGCUACGGAAACACAUUGAGGAAAAGCCUAAAUUGGUCCGGGAGACUCGUACUAAGACGCUAAAGGACUUGGACCAGGUUCUCUCUCGAUGCUCCACAAGCCCUAUCUAUUACCCUAGGGUUUACCACCUGAAAGCCUAUAUCCUCUUGAUGUUGGGCAAUGAAGAACAGAGCCAAAAUUACCUAUCCCAAGCAUUCCAACUCUGUGACAUAUAUGGAAACCUCCUGGAGAAAUCCUGGCUGGAGAUCAGCGAUGAGUGGUGGUUCACUGCAAAAGGCCCCAUGGAAGACUUAUGGCUGAAGGCCGCACCAGAUUUUCCCAAGUGGGAAAAAGGAAUGACAGAGAAAGACUUUCCAGAGAUCCAUAAAACCAAGUACUUGCUGCGGGUGCCAGCAUUGGAUAUUAACAAUCCUUUCCCAGAACCUGAGAUCCCCGAUGUCUGA